AUGGUACGAGCAUCACGGUAUAGUUACAUGCGAGCGAAGCCAGUCAUGCAAAAACUGCAGAGUAUUGUUGCCUUUGGACUGCGGCAGGAGUACCCGCCGGUGUGGCCCCUCCCACUCCCCCCGCCGCUGCCGCAGUCCGUUGGGAAACCAACACUCGUGCUGGAUAUUGAUGAGACCCUCCUACACACAUACGGUAUGCAUUUAGUGCAGAGUAAUCUAAAUAUAGAGGAAGGAACUAAUAAUAAUAAUAAUAAUAAUAUGAAUAAUACUGCAGCAGAUACAAUUGCCUUUUCUCUCUUCUUACGACCACUAUUACGAGAGUUUCUGAUGGAAGUAAAGGAAUUGUAUGAAAUUGUCUUUUGGACAGCAGGAACGGCAUCCUAUUGCUCUGCUAUGGUAGAUGCGAUGGAAGUGCAGGUAUUACAAUUACCGCCUUCUUUUUAUAAUGUGCAGGAAAUGCUACGAGAUGCGAAAAGUACAGAAACACGAGAAGGGAAUGAUCAUGUGAAUUUCUUUGCACUCUCCCGUACACAAACAUUAGAAGAACAUAGUUAUAUGAAAUAUCUUCCCAUGCUUGGACGACCUAUGCAUCGUGUUAUUAUGAUAGAUGAUAAUGUGCGUAGUUUUCCACUUCAUCCACGUAAUGGUGUACGUAUUGCCCCUUUUCUUCCGGAUGAUAAAGUUUUACACGACUACAGUUAUGCGGCUAUUCAAUUACAGGAAGAUGAGACUUUAAUGAAUAAUGAGGAUCUUUUAAAAAAAAUUAAAUCUGGUAAACAAGAAAUUGCACGUUUAGAACGUGAUCAGGCUUUAUUAGAUCUUUUACCACUUUUACGAGCUGCCGCAGCUGCAGAGGAUCUUCCACGUGAAUUGGAUUAUUGGCGAGAUGAUGAUUAUAUACGCUGUGAUGAUUUUCGAGAAACGAUGAAUCCACGUUCGGUUACCCGUCAGCGGUUACUUGGAUCUGUACUCCCACACCGCAGAGAAACACCCAUUCCCCCACCUAAAACACAUGUGAUGAAUCAUGGGUUUUUAGAAGAGGCAAACACCGCCAUGCGUGUACAACAAAUGCGGAAGGCACGUGCACGUUUGUAA